GCCGACGCAACCGGACGCAUUCCAAGUCCAACGGCCGAGAUCGUUCCGAACCUUCACGAGGGCCAGGCCCUAAAACCCUCUCCUCUGUAAAACCUCAUCUCUUCCUCCCUCUUUUCCCCUUUUCGCCGGAGUUUCUCGCCAAUCUUUGAAGGGAACCUUAUCGGCCAACAACCCCACCAAACCCUAGAACUCCGCAGCUCUUCUCAGAAAAUGGCUUCAACUUUCAGCACCAUGUCUACAAUUGGCUCUGUGGCUGCUCCCAGCAGUUUUGUGACUGACAGGAAGCUCUCAGCUUCUGCUCAAAAGUUCUCUAAGCUCUCUUCUCUUGCUUCCUCAUCUUCUAGUUCUCUAAGUGGCAGGAGGCAGAACUUGCACCUGCAGAAAAGAUGUAACUCUGGUAUCAGGGCAAUGGCCAAGGAGUUGUACUUCAACAAGGAUGGGUCUGCCAUUAAGAAGCUGCAAACAGGAGUUAAUAAGCUUGCAGACCUUGUGGGGGUCACUCUUGGCCCAAAGGGCAGGAAUGUUGUUCUGGAGAGCAAAUAUGGGUCGCCAAAAAUUGUCAAUGAUGGUGUCACUGUUGCCAAAGAGGUUGAACUAGAAGAUCCUGUGGAAAACAUUGGGGCUAAGUUGGUACGGCAAGCUGCUGCAAAGACCAACGACUUGGCUGGGGAUGGGACUACUACUUCCGUUGUUCUUGCUCAAGGUUUGAUUGCGGAAGGUGUUAAGGUGGUUGCAGCAGGUGCAAACCCAGUUCAGAUCACCCGAGGUAUUGAGAAAACAGCCAAAUCUCUAGUUGCUGAACUCAAGCUAAUGUCAAAAGUGGUUGAAGACAGUGAACUUGCUGAUGUAGCUGCAGUCAGUGCUGGAAACAACUAUGAGAUUGGAAACAUGAUAGCUGAUGCUAUGAGUAAGGUGGGUAGGAAAGGGGUGGUUACACUUGAAGAGGGGAAAAGUGCCGAGAAUAGCCUUUACGUUGUAGAAGGCAUGCAAUUUGAUCGUGGUUACAUCUCUCCAUACUUUGUAACAGAUAGCGAGAAAAUGUCAGUUGAAUAUGAGAACUGCAAGUUGCUUCUCGUAGACAAGAAAAUUACAAAUGCGAGAGAUCUUAUCAAUGUUUUGGAAGAUGCAAUUAGAGGGGGAUAUCCCAUCUUGAUAAUUGCCGAAGAUAUUGAGCAGGAAGCUCUUGCUACCCUUGUUGUCAAUAAGCUCAGAGGUGCAUUGAAGAUUGCUGCACUUAAAGCCCCUGGAUUUGGAGAACGCAAAAGUCAAUACCUUGAUGAUAUCGCCAUCCUUACUGGAGCAACUGUAAUAAGAGAUGAGGUUGGGCUUUCCCUGGAUAAAGCUGACAAGGAGGUUUUGGGUACUGCUGCUAAAGUUGUGCUAACCAAAGAUUCAACCACGAUAGUUGGUGAUGGUAGCACUCAAGAAGAAGUAACCAAACGGGUUGCACAAAUCCGUAAUCUGAUCGAGGCUGCCGAGCAGGAAUAUGAAAAGGAAAAAUUAAAUGAGAGGAUUGCGAAGCUUUCCGGUGGAGUUGCUGUCGUUCAGGUUGGUGCCCAAACAGAGACAGAACUUAAAGAGAAGAAAUUAAGAGUUGAAGAUGCUCUAAAUGCUACCAAGGCAGCUGUGGAGGAAGGUAUUGUUGUUGGUGGUGGUUGUACCCUUUUGAGGCUUGCAGCAAAGGUUGAUGCCAUCAAAGAUACUCUCGAAAACGAUGAACAAAAGGUGGGAGCUGAUAUAGUAAAAAGGGCUCUGAGUUACCCAUUAAAAUUGAUUGCAAAAAAUGCUGGAGUAAAUGGAAGUGUUGUCAUUGAGAAGGUACUUUCAAGUGACAAUUUCAAAUUUGGUUAUAAUGCUGCAACUGGAAAUUAUGAAGAUUUGAUGGCUUCUGGAAUUAUUGACCCCACUAAGGUGGUUAGGUGCUGCCUGGAGCAUGCAGCAUCAGUUGCAAGAACAUUCCUUACUUCAGAUGUUGUCGUGGUUGACAUCAAAGAGCCAGAGCCAGUGCCUGCUGGGAAUCCGAUGGACAAUUCAGGAUAUGGCUACUAAUUAUGCUAUGGAUACCAGGGAAAGGAAAACUCCUGCCUGGGUAGUAACUGCGAUGUUGGUUUUUUCUUUUUGUAUGCCUAAUUCACGCAUUGUUUUACGCAUGCAUGAGAGGGUGAGGUUACGUUAGCAUUCUGAAAUUCUUGCAGCGGCAUGCGAAUGUCAUUAAUCUGGCUGCACCAUUUUGUACUGUCUUCGAGGAACCAAAUUUAGCUUUGAUAUAAAAAAGAACACCUUUUUUUUUCAA